GUCCCAUAUAUACACGUAAGCGAGGAUGAGAAAAAAAUUUUAGUCACAAUAUGUCGAAUCGAUAAUAGGAAUUUGCUAGUUAUGGGUAAAAGUUGAAAAAUUCACAUUGGAGUAUUUCGAAAGGAUAUCUAGCGUUGAUUCGUGGCACUAUAUACUACUACUAUAUGUACUAGUCGGAGCGCAAAUAAGAGCCAUUCAUCCGGGGGCAGGAAGAGAAAGUCGGUAGGUGUAUUUUAGGCGCACGAAUUUGCCGCGCUACGAGCGAGGACCCGAUGAAACGAGAGCUUGGAGCUUUCGCGAUCGACCUUUUACGACCAAUUAGGAUCUUAUAUUCAUAUACCGAAGAGACGAUGCACAAUUUCGUAUCGACAUUCAUCGUUGGGACAGAUCGCCGCUUCGGUAAUUGGUAGUAAUACUCGAAGGCACAUAGGUAAGCGCGCAUAGGUAAGCAUGGCUAGAAGAAUAAGAACGAUAAGAAUGCGCGGAUCGGGUGGGCGCAUGCACCGCCCGACGAACCCUAUACAGUAAACAGUUCGGAUCAAUAGUCGCGGCGCAACGGCAGCAGUCGCUCCUCGGCUGGACAAGGGAUCGCGCAUCGUCGGCGGCGCUGCGCAGUCGGCUUCUCUCCUAUGCGUGUGUCGUGUUACAUUGCAGCCCUAGAUAAUAUUUACAUGCUCGGGGCAGCAGCAGCAGCUUGACUAGCCAACGAGCUCUAGGAGCUGCCCUGCGCGACCGGCGGCGAGUCCAACAAUCUAACUCACUUAUCGCUGAUCGUCCGACGAAAAGCACAGCUGCCAUGACUUCCAAAGUCCUCGUCAAGCUACCCGUGGUUCCUUUCUCCCAAAAGGGCAGCUCGUGCGACGACGUGUUGCAGCGGCCCAAAAAGCAGCCCCCAGCCAGUAACAGCGCCAGCAGCAACGCCUCCGACUCGCAGCCGACCGGCGCCGAGUCGAGCGAUGCCGCCCGACCCCACGAGCACUCCCACGAGGACAAGGUGGCCCAGCUCGAGCAGAACCUCGAGUUUCUGCAGGAGCAGCAUCGGACGAUGCUCGUGGCCCUCCACAAGGAGAUCGACCAGCUCAGGCAGAGGAAUCGGGAAUUACAGUUCCAGUUGGUUUUCUCGAGCAAAGGUCCAAAAAUAUCGCCUUGCGGUAUAUCCUCGCCCGAAGAUGCAGCCACCUGCGGCAGCGCAUCCAACAAACUCACAGAAAGCCCGACGAACGUCAUGCCGUUGCAAAUGGAGCUGUUGGAGAAGGACGCGCAGGAGCUGAAGGUCUGCUUGGACGAGGAGAGAAAGCUCAACGCCAGCUUGUCGGCCACGAUAGACAAGCAACAACAAGCGUUGGACGCGUUGGCUCGGGCAGCUACGCGGAGCGCCUCGGACAAGGCCGUACAGGUCGACACGACGAUGGAGUGCCAACAGGUCGAGAUGCAGGCCCGUCUCGUGGACGCCGAGGCACUGGUCAAGCGGCUCCGCCAGGAGAACGUCGAGCAGCGCAAAGAGCUCGGCCAGCUGAAGCAACAGGUCUCCUCCUGCUCCUCCUCCACCUCGUCGUCGUCGUCGAGUCGAAACGGUCGAUCGGCGGCCGCGACGCAUCGAGUCGUCCCAGGCCCGCCGAGCAGCUACUACCCGAGCAGCGCAGCGCCGAUCGUCGCCGCCGUGGCCAUCGAUCCUCAGCAGCCCCAGCUGUCGGACGAGCAGCAGCACCAGCGGGCCUUUCCCAAAUUUCCACCGCUGCAGACUCAGAGCUACUGGCAUCGGGCCUCGCGGACCAAUCACGGCGGCUACGAUUCCGGGCCUCAGCUGCACAGCUACCAGCGCAACGCGAGGCAUCACAAUCAUCAUCAUCAGAGCCAUCAUCAGAGCCAUCAUCAGCCGGCUCAGCAACAGCAGCAACAGCAGUACCAACAUCAUCAACAACUGAAUCAAGAGUCGCGUCAUCAGCACCAUCACAAUCGCCAUCAAGCUCUGGUGCAGCAGCAGCAAUCGAAAGACGGCCAAGCCAAGUCGUCUUCGUCGUCGUCGUCGUCGGCUGCCUCGAACUCGCUACUGCCGCAGCUGCGAAACGGCGGCGUCCGCGUCGACACGAGCGGCGGCAGUUAUCCUCCCUUCUUCAGGCCUCGCCACUCCUACUACAAGGACAACAACUGUGAUCAGCCGCAAGCUCAGCAGCAAAAUCGUAGCGGAAAUAGUCGAAAGUAUCGCGGACCGAAGCCGCCGCGUCGAGAGAACGGACAUCAUCCGCAGGACGGGGGUACUCCGCGAGAUUACACUGGCAAUCAGCAGCAUCACAAUCGAGAUAAUCAACGGCAGCCGCGCAAGCCGCGAUCGUAAACGCCUCCUAUACUUUGUUCGCCUUUUUAUUCGGCUUUCGUUCCCGCUGAAACGCAUGUAAUCCUCGAGCGACUCGAUCACGCUUUUCCCACCCUUCUUUUGGCGCGCUUCGACCCUUUUCCGACAUUUUACCAAUUAUACCGAAAUAAACACGCGAGCUUGCGAUAAUUGGCCGCUUGUCACCAAGCCGUUUGUCUAAUUUUCCCUUAAAACCGCGAGACCAUUGCGCGUUAUCGAACUUUGUGAAAACUGUCUUGCUGCAUCGCCACCGACACCUACCGACGAUUCGAUAUAUCGACAUUUUUUACAGUGAGCUUAUACACACAAAUAACUAACAAAGUAAAACCGUACUUUAUCUAACUCUUCAAUCUCUUCUAUACAAAAGCCACAUGAAUAUGAAUGUUUUUUAAUAAUACAAAACAAAACUAAUUCAUUCUAAUAAAAGUAUGGCAUACGCGUACGAUGCAAAAAUAAUAAUUAUAAUAAUAUUAAAAUUAAACUAGAAACACGAGGGACCUUAUUAUUCAAUUAUACUGAACUUCGACACUUAUGAUAUUAACAUCGUCUCUUCGAGAUAUCUUAUAAAUGAGUCACCGCCACGAAUAACGACAUCUUCGGCUGUGGUAAGGAUUUUAAUGAUUAAAAAAUUAUUAUAAAUCUAUAUAAAGUUCAAGCAAUGAUUAUAAUAAUUGUGCUGUU